CAUCAUGUCAGUGAACCCUCCGAGCAGCAAUGACGCCUGCCUCAGCAUCGUGCACAGCCUCAUGUGCCACAGGCAGGGCGGGGAGAACGAGGGCUUCGCCAAGCGGGCCAUCGAGAGCCUGGUGAAGAAGCUGAAGGAGAAGAAGGACGAGCUGGACUCGCUCAUCACCGCCAUCACAACCAACGGCGUACAUCCCAGCAAGUGUGUGACCAUCCAGAGGACGCUGGAUGGACGGCUGCAGGUGGCGGGGAGGAAAGGUUUUCCUCACGUCAUUUAUGCACGGUUGUGGCGCUGGCCCGAUCUCCACAAAAAUGAACUCAAGCAUGUCAAGUUCUGCCAGUACGCCUUUGACCUGAAGUACGACAACGUCUGCGUCAACCCCUACCACUACGAGAGGGUGGUGUCGCCUGGCAUCGUUGGUCUCAGCCUUCAAAACACAGCAGCAGCCGGCGGCGGCCUGAUCAAAGAGGAGUACAUCCAUGACUGCAUACAGAUGGACCUCCCGCCUGGCAUGCCUCUGUCUGACCACCAAGCAGCCCUGAAGCUCCCUCCUGCAGACCUCUACGGGCAGCCACAGCUCUCCUCUGAGCCCCAUGGACCCCCACCCGUUACCAGAUACAACCUGCCUGUCUCACCCAAAGUGUCCGGCUCCGGCUCCAUGCUGCCUCUGCAGGGGGGCCACCCUGACGGACGGCUCCAAACGCCAUCUCCACAGGCUCAGGGCAUGACCCCGGCUCCACGACCUCUGACCCCGACCCAACCCACUCCUCAGCAACAGGCUGGCCAGCAACCCUCACAGCCCCCCCACCCACAGCAGCCCCCCCUACCUCCUUCUCACUCGCAUGGACAGAACGGGUACAGCAGCAAUAAACACUCUCAGAGCCAGGCGGCCUUCCACA